AUGUGUUGUAACAGACCAACUUUCAUUUUUGGAUUCUUCCUCUUCGCUAUUGAACUAAUUUACCUAUACUGGGCAGAGAUGAUAUACAAGGAAGAUCUUUUACUAUGUGGGAUAUUGGUGACAAGCUUCUACAUUGCUUAUAACAGGUCUUAUCAAUUCUUGUGGAACAAUUUGCAUUGGUUUUUCGAUAGAGACCUUUUUGAAUACCAAGAUUGCUUGAAAGCCAGAGACAUGUCCAGAAGAAAAACUCGAUUUCAGGAGAAACUCCAUAGUGAAUAUGCUGUUGAGUCAAAGAAGUUCAAUGCAACGCUUAGAUCGUUGUUCUCACUGAAUUUUGGAUUAUAUUUGAUUGCCAUCGAAAUGACACUUUUGCAAAUCAAAAACGCAGACAUUAAAGAAUCGCAUUCCUUUGCAAGUGGGAUCAUAUGGCCAUGUAUUUCCGCCGGACUAAUGGUAAGUCUUAUCUUUGCUCAACCUUAUUUGAUAUGUCUUUCUGUGCUAAGCAAAUUUCUAGGCGAUAGAUACUCCAGAGACGCUAUAGUCGCAAUGACAAGCACGGCCAUGAUACUGUGGGUUUUGAGCUUGAAUUUAUUGAAUUUUGGCCCAUUUAAGCAUACCCAGAAUCUUUUGACGAAAUUGUCGAUAGUUGGUGUCAGUGUCAUGGCCUUCCUGUCGGGCGUCGCAUCUGUAUCAACACCAUUUUAUGCGAUCAGUUCAUUUUGGAGAAAAUACAAAACUCAUGCUAGAGCUGAAUUCAACUCGUCUGCUGAUGUUUUUACUUCUGGGAGAAAAGCAUCAAAUCAAGAGAAAAAGUCUUCGAAACUGAAAUCCAAAGUAAUUGAUAACUUCAAAAGCAUUUUUAAAAUCAUUUUCCUGUUUUACUGCAUUUACAAGCUAUACUCGGUAUUUUUCAGGCGGAUACCUGCUAUAAUCAAGCAUGUUCACCAUGAUGCCAAUGAUGCGGAUUUUGAGCGUUUUACUUCGGCGGAAAACAAUUCUCCCAGUGACCCACUAGCAGUCACUUUAGCCAAAAUCCUGGAUUUUCUGUUUCUGAAACUUAACUAUCAACAAGAGCUCGAUUCUUUUACCAAACUGAUUUCUUUGAUUCUUUCGGUGUCACUUUUUGCAUGUUCUUUUACCACAGUGUUAACUACUGUUUCCUAUCUCAUCACUGUCCUUCCUUUGCAAGGUAAUAUCGGAGCCCUCAGAAGUCUUGGAGACGCGGACAGUACGGACCCACUUCCUCUUUACAACAACGAACAACAACGAAGAAAAAAGCCUGUAUCCAUUAUCAAAAAUUUUGUCAUAUCGGAAUUGACCGGCGUUUACGUGUCAGCUACGAUACUAAUGAUCCGUUCUAACCUACCUUUUGAUAUUUCAGAAAAGCUUAACGAACUUCUUGGGAAAAAGUUCAUAGUACCGAGUAUCCUAAUAGAUAUUUGGUUUGAUCAAGUCUUUGCGAUAAGCGCAGUUUUAACACUGGUGGGCAUCAGGAUCGCUCAAAAUUCUAACCAAAAAUCAAAACGUCUUCAUCAAUGA